AAUGACCGUCGUUCCAACGCCAUCGCCUCAGUCUUUCUUCGUCUGUUAAAGUGGUAACAAAUCUGGCGCAAGAAUCGAGAAGGAAAGAGGUGGAUAAUGGAAACACAUGGAGAGCCUGAGUCUUGCAUUAGGGAGUCCUUUAAUUGUCCACAUUUCCAGCGGAACACUUGUGUGAUUCACUUCACGUGCUGCGAUGAGUGGUAUCCUUGCCACAAAUGCCACAAUGACUCCUUAGAAAGGCAAGAGAACGAGAAACCAUCAGUGGAUAAUUCAGAAGAUAUUUUCGUGGAGAGUGAUAUAACAGAGGAACGAGACGAUUUGGGAGAGGGUAGUUCAAAUUCCACUGGAAUUAGCCAUGAGCUCGAAGCUUCCCCACGUACUGUUGCAUUUGAUGAUGCCAAAAUGGAAUCAAGAGCUAAAAAUUCAGAUGCACCCAAUGGCGAAAACAACGAAACAGCCACUGACUACGAAACCUUGCGAAAUGGGGACAACAAGGUUUUGUCCGGAAUGGAGGUAGAAAAUUCAGUUUGUGGGGAAAACAAUCAAAGUCAAAAUACUACUCUUUGUAGAAAAGAAGAAGAGGUAUAUGUAAAUAAGCGAAUGCUAUACUUUCAUCCCUUUACCUCCACAUAUCCUAUUCUAUUAUCAUGUUCUUUUUCCUUAUGUAACAUGCAGAGUGAUGCACAUGAAACUUCCUCAAACACAGAGACAAGCUUGUCAAAACUUAAUGGUUUUGAAGAAUGGUGCCUGGUAAGAGAAGAAAGCAUUUCCACGGUAAGGUCUUCCGGCCAAGCAGCAGAAGGUGCCGGAGAACUCGAAGGUAUAACAGAUGAUGCAUCAACUAGUGACAUAAAGGAAGAAAGUCCAAAUACUACUGAUGGAUCAUCAGAUCAACUGAAGAACAAUAAAGAGAUUGGUCUCAGAAAAAAUAUGAUGCAAGGAAAUGAUGAAAAUAAUUCCCAUCUCUCAUUGGUUACUAAAAAGGAGCAUUUACUGGUUAAAGCACAAGAUGGAGAUCGCCUAAAGUGCACAGCAUGCAACCACAUACAGUCAAAGUUUUGUCAAAGGUGUGAAAAGGAGUCAUGUGGGAAAACAUUUGCCAGUUAUUUCUGUCCAGAAUGUAAACUUUUGAUUGACACUGAAGGAAGUGCUAGCCUGGAACCUUACCACUGUAGUCUGUGCGGGGUAUGCAGGUUAAACAAGGGGGAAAACUUCCAUUGUGACACGUGUAAUGUCUGUAUGCCCCUUUCUCUGAGAGAUCAUAAGUGUUUUGACAAUAGAGGUCACGAUCCAUGUGCAAUAUGCUUGGAGGAAGUUUUUUCAGGAGCUGUUAUUCUUCCUUGUUUUCAUAUGAUUCAUGGGGAUUGUGGUUUAAAGCUUAUUCUCUCAGGAAGUGACACAUGCCCAACGUGUCGAGGCGCCAUCAUGCAGAAUAAACAAGAAGUUGGGCAUGUUGUUGAAGAAUCCCAAACAAGCCGCGGAGUUGCCCCCAAUAGAGGAAUUUUAAGCAAAUGUGGGAGUGCUUUCUUGACAAUAAUUCAAAAAUUUUGUAAUCGUACUCAUAGUGCCACUGCGAAUGAAAUGAGCACUUUGCCAGUGACACAACACAUUUCGACCCCCCUCGGAUUUGAACUCCGCGAUCUAAAUCCGCUACCGGAUCUCGACCCCCCUGGUCCAAAUCUAUCAGCGGACAUGGACCCCCUUUUGCAGAUUUUGAACUCCUCCUCAACCUUGCUUUAAAACAUCGUUCCUUUCAUGCAACCUUAGCCCUAAUCCUCAACCCCAACGCCAACCCUAAUCCUAACCCUAUGCUAACAGUAGAGGUAAAGUAUUAUCUAUUUCUACUAGAACGUUAAGGAUAAUGUUUUUACUCAAUUUUGUUGGAUUGGGACCGGGGGAUCCAAAUCCGCCAGGACACCGGUAUGUCGGAGGGUCUGAAUGGGGUUAACCAUUAGCCGUAGACGGCGAAAAAAGUAGCUGCGUGGCGCUAAGAUGGAAAAAUUGUAAUCGUAAAGUUUUUCCUUUAAUCGCAACCAAAAGGAAAUGGCCUAUAUUUUAACCGUCAGCCGUAAAAGUCACCACCCCACUAUGACCCUAGUAUCGGCUCGAUUGUAAAUAAUACUCCUCGAUCUUCAUGCACUUCAUAUUAGUCAAUGAUUACGACACUGAAUGAUUUGUCUUGGAGAGAGUCCAUUUAGAAAGGACACUCAUAAAGAAUCAAUGUAUGGAUGUUUUGUUUUAAAUCAUGUUGAGCACUCUGAAUAAGGACACACUUUCACGCUGUUUGCCCUCUUCGCUCUGUUUGUGUCUUUUUGGCUGAUUUCUCCAUCUGUUGAUAUAUUUUUUUCUUUUUGCGAAACGGUUUCGCUAAUAUUUUAAGCCGUAGUGAUAUGUUCAGUCUGUGAGUGAAAGACGGCGCUAAAAUUGGCAAAAGCUGUUUGAACAACCGAAUGCCAAUUCCACAUAGAAACAAAUAAACAAAUGUAGUAACAACACAAAUGAAUAAAGGGUGAAAGUUUCUAAAGAAACUGUGGUGCUGCGU